AUGUCGGAUGAAAUACCAUCAGAAAUUCGUAAUUGUUAUAAACAAGCAUAUCAAUGUAUUACAUCAAAUGAAUCUAUUCGUCAUUUAUUAAAUGCCUUAUCAUCUUCUGGUUGUCCAUUUGAUUUCGAUCGUCAUUUAGUAUGUGAAUCGACUAAUGAAAAUAUUCGUGGUGGUUUUGAUCGUUCAACAUGUCAAAUUGUUCUAAAUCCAAAAAAUCUUUAUUCAUCACAAGAAUUAUGUACUAUUUUAGAACAUGAACUUAUUCAUGCAUAUGAUUAUUGUCGUGUACAUAUUGAUUUCAAUAAUCCGCAUCAUCUUGCAUGUACAGAAAUUCGUGCAGCAGCAAUAACAAAUCAAUGUUCUUUAUUUAAUCAUAUAUCAUCAUCCUCGCGACCAUAUUUAUUAAAAAAUCAACAUUCAGUAUGUGUUAAAAAUCAAACACGAGAAUCAAUGGAAAUCUGUACUAAUCUUUCAAGAAAAAAUCUUGAUGAGAUAAUCAAUGAUGUUUUUCUUCGUUGUUAUAAUGAUACGGAACCAUUCGAUGGAAUUGGACGACGACGAAGAAGAAGACAAUGA